AAUUAGUUGAUGAUUGUUUAUUAAUUGUGCAGACCGCCGUACAAGAAAGUGCAAGUGAAUGCGAGGAUUUUUCACUGAUUUUUUUCUAGGAAUAAUUUUGACACAUGGAUCCAACGUCCUCAAGUGCUCCACCUCUGCAAGAGGCUAAAUUAGAUAUGUAUGAUGACGCCAUUUAUAACGUGGACCCCCAGCACGUUGAGGGAGAUAUGACUGUGGGGAGCUCUAGGCAAAGAGCGAAUAUUGGAGAGCCUCAAUUCAACACCUUGGAUGAACCAAUUAGUGAAACUAUUCUCAGGGAUGUUCGAGCUGUUGGACACAAAUUUUUCCAUGUGAUAUAUCCGAAGGAAAAAGGGAGUUUGCUGAAAGAAUGGGAUCUUUGGGGGCCUUUGGUGCUCUGUACCUUCAUGGCAAUGAUCCUUCAAGGAUCCGAUUAUCGUGAUGACGUUAAUGAUGGCGGUCCCCAGUUCGCCGAGGUUUUUGUUCUCGUGUGGAUUGGCUCCAUGAUUGUAACUCUUAACUCUAAACUACUAGGAGGAAAUAUAUCAUUCUUCCAAAGUGUCUGUGUGCUUGGCUACUGCCUCCUACCAAUCGCAAUUGCGUUAAUUGUAUGCAGGAUUAUCCUGAUGAUGGAGCAAAACUCUUACCUAUUCUUCCUGCGAUUUGUCGUCACAAUCAUCGGAUUUGCCUGGGCAACUUAUGCUUCAAUGGCGUUCCUGGGAGAGAGUCAGCCAGCUGGCAGAAAAGUCCUGGCAGUCUACCCAAUUUUCCUCUUCUACUUCGUCAUCUCGUGGCUCGUAAUAUCCCACACGGCAUGAAAGUCAUAACAAAAGCCCCUAAACUAUAAACAUAACUUGAAAAUUGCACAAUUCCGAGUGAAAAACCACAAAUCUAAAGACUUUUCCAUGGAUAUGCUAUUUAUUUCUAGCAAAAAAAUCAACUGGAGAUGAUUAUUUUCUUCUUAUCGACGAGGACAUUAUUCAUCAAACUAAAAAAAGAGCAUUCCACUAUUCAUCAAUUAAUUUCAUUUGUGCUAGACAUUUUCCGAAUUUUUCGUAUGUCAGUGGUGAAUAUUUUCACAGGUCCUCACAUUCUCAGUGAAUAAUAAAUAAAAAUAAAUGAAUAAAAUUAUCGUCUGUUGAAUGAUAACAAUCAUGUAAUUUAUGAAUUUUGCUAUGAAUUCAUCAACCUCGAUGAUUUUCCUUCUCAUUUUUAACAAAAUGAGAAUACUCAUUUUUUUUUCAUUCACUCCAGUUAUUGGACUAGGAGAAUGGAUUCGUCUGGAUAACUGAAUUUUUACUGAAUUUACGAUCGUAUUUGAUGUUUGUAUUCAUGUACAUUGUAUAUAAUAAUUAUAAUUAUGUAUUAUAAUAAGGGUAUUGAUUACAUAUUAGAUACGAAUAAAUUAAGAAUGAAAGAA